AUGGUCUCACCUGUCUACACCUCGGCAGUCGUCAAGGGCAUGAUGGCAGAAGCUCGACGGAAGUACUCUGAUCCGAUACAGAUGGCAGCCAUCCGGGCCGAUGUUGCAACCCAUCUGUCGAAGCAGAUGCCACCGACCCCAGAGCAGCUCGAUCACAAUGAGCGUCUGGACAGCGCACGCAGUAGGUCUAACGCUUUACUGACCGGGGCACUUGCUGCCAUCAACACGCCAGUGAAAGCACAUCUACCCAAGGAUCUCACGCCCACUGAGAAGGCCGAGAAGCUCGAGGCUGAUGCCUGGUACGCCGGCUACAAGAAGACUAAUGCGUACACAGACUCUCUACUCGACCGCAGCAAUGAUCUCUUAUUCGACGUCGUGAGCUCGAUCGACGUACUGGAUAAGCACGGCUACCGGCUACCAAAUGCAAGCGUACUCAACACUCGACUACAAACAUCCAACAUCGAGUGGCUCAAGAAGCCACGUGAGGUCAAGGCAUGGCUUCAGUCUCCUAAUGAUUCUCUCGUCAAUGGUGCGCAAGCCAUAGACGUAACACUGUGGCAGUACCCUUCGAGCGCAGAGUACAAGAAGCAGCUCAAGUGCAUCGCCACUGACCUCGCAAGACAACGCAGUACCCCGGAAUCAAGUCAAAGUUGCGAGCUGGUCUCGCACUACGACUACCUGACUUCGGACAAUCCAGCUGAUCUUGUGGCCGAGCGGACCGGGAGCCAGCAAGUUAAAGGAGGUUGUACUUGUGCCGAUAGCUUUGCACUUAGUCUGACCGCACCUCAGCCAUUGCCUUUCGUGACUGGUGGUGAUGUUGGCGACUCAACGCAAAAUACCAAGGACGACACCUUGUAUAGUCUUGACGACCUCAUGGAGGAAGCUCGUCGGCGCGUCAAGCGUCGUAUGGCUCACCAAGCACCACCUUAUAUUGUCGCCACGCUGGAAGUCGCUGGAUGUGACGAUGUGAACGACCUUAUCGAUCGGCACAACGACAUCGUCGAACAACUGCAGUCCUCAGCCCGAAGUGCUCUCCCAUCGACCUAUACGUCACUAAACUCCGAGCCUUCGGACAACGACACCACUGCUGGCCCAAACCACAGGUACGGCCGAGAACAUACUGAAAGUGACCCGCGAACCAUCGAGAUCUUGUACGACGAAGUGAUGGACCUCCUCGACCGGUUGAAACCGAGAGAGGCCCAGUCGAAAGGACAGCGCAACGACAAUGAUAAGUGGUCGGUAGAAGAUAAGAUCUCACAGCGUAGCAAUGAGGAUGAGCAUGAAGCGUCAACGAAAGCCUUGAAUGUGCGGAGAAGCUACGACAGCAAUGAUGCGUGGUCUACCGACAGCCAAGCCUCCUCGAAUUGCGAAUGCAACGAAGCCUGUGUUGACGAUCUGAAUGAAGUCAAGGCACAAACGAAACUUGCUGUCGCCAGACGCGGAGUUCGUUGGCAGAAGGUAGCAAGUGCUGAGGUAAUCGUUAAAAACUGUUGCGUACAGUAG